UAUUCAUUGUGUAUUCAGGACUUUCAAAAAAUCGCCACCAAGUCAAUGUUGUACCUUCAAGUAAACAUUAUGAUACUGAUGAAGAUGACGAUGAUGAGGACGAAUAUGGUGUUUAUGCUGAAUUGGAAUGGAUGGCACAAAAUCCUGCUGUUGAGAGAAGACAAAGAAUGCUUGCUUCUCAAUACAAUCAAAAUGUACCUGGCACACCAAACAGAACCUUGUUAAGCUCUCCUUCGGGAAGUGGUUAUGAUUUUGAUGACUCACUCAAAAAAUCUGAAUACCACACAAACGAUACGAUUCAAGCACAACAGGAUUGGUGGCGAAUUGUCAUUUCAAAUUUUCUCGAAAGUUUAAUUAAGCCUAUUGUGUUUGUUCUCUUUAUGUUGUUCUGGAUUAUCAAAGAACCUGUUAUUCGAUUCAUUACGUUUCUUACAAUGAUUGUAUCCGCCCUGAUUGUAGAGCCAGCUGUGUAUUUCUCAUCACAUCUUCCAAACUAUCAACAAUGGAUUCCUACGCUAGAAACACGCAACAAAAUUGCACAUAUGUUUGCAGUGACAUUAGUGACAUGUUCAUCCCUUUAUUUGGCUCAACAAACACUGGAUACGCAUACACCCUUUCACUGGAUUGAACAACAGUUGUCUACUUUCAACUUACCUUCUUUUGAACACAAUGAAUAUACAGCAGGAGUUGAUUUGUCCUUGAUUCACAAACGACUGGCUAGUAUGGAUCAAAAAAUAGCUGAACAAUCAAAAGUCGUCCAUCAAUUUGUCGAUCAAUUAGGCCAGCAAGUUGCUGCUGAACAUGCCAAGAUUUGGUCUGCACUCGAAACGCAUCAAUCGCAGAUUGAUACACUCUAUCAAAAACUGGAUCAACAAGUACGGGAUGCUAUUGAAUCUCAAUUGCCUGAGAUGCUUCUUGUACAUACAAACGAACAGGGUAAAUUAGAACUCUCUCCUCAAUUCUAUCUUUAUUUGCAAAAUAUAUCAUUUUGGGAUGUGUUUUUGGAACAAAACAAGGCUGCUAUUUCAAGAUACAUGCAAGGGGAAAUGAAGCACUAUCUUGACCAACAAAGAAAAGAAGGUGCAGUGAUCAGUAAAGAAGCAUUUAUGAAAUUAGUGGCUUCUGAUCUCACUCGUUAUGAUGGUGAUGCACUUACUCUGCAUGAGCUUGUUGAACAGGCCAUUCAUAAAUACCAUCAAGACGUUCUCAAUACACCAGACUUUGCAUUGAAAUCCCGGGGAGCUCAUAUCUUACAUUCAAAGACAAGUUACACCUAUGAUCCUGUACCUGCCUGGAUUCAAAACAUAAGAAGAUCUGUAGGCUUGACUGUGUGGCAUCAUGUUCCAGAAUUGGCUAUUCAGCCUGAUAUUCAUGUUGGACAAUGUUGGUCUAUGGUGGGUCAACAAGGCACGCUUGGUAUUGUUCUUAGUCGAACUAUUCAUAUUCAGAGUAUUACAGUUGAGCACCCUUCUAUGGAUGUCUUGGUGAAUGAAAUCGAUAGUGCACCUCAAGAAAUGGAAUUCUAUGGUAUUCAUCAACAUCCAGAAGAAUACACUUUAUUAGGCAAAGCAUACUAUGAUAUACACAAGAACACAACUAUUCAAACAUUCGACAUGUUAAUGACACAGGAACCAUUUCAUGCUAUCUUGGUCAAAAUCAAGUCAAAUUGGGGAAAUCAUGAUCAUACUGAUAUUUAUCGUAUUCGUGUUCAUGGGACACCCCUUUCCGUGUAAAUAUCACUAGCUGUGUAUA